AUGCCUGAAUCCAGCAUUCUCUGGCAGAACGAGGCCAAAACGGUGGUCCUACUCGACCUCCCCCGGUCGAUUGAAGAAGCCCAGUAUCUUUCCGAUAAACAGAUGCUACCUGGCCAUGAGCCACCAGACACAACUGCACCAUUCCGGAGGUUGAUUUGUUCGCCGGCACCAGAACAACCCUUCGUAACUCCGGAGCCGAAGUCCAGUGAUUAUGCUCAACCAGCCAUCUCACCCGCAGCUCAGAUAGCCGAGCUCAUGACCAUGGCAUCCGUUAAGUCAGCACUCGAUGAGAUAAGCACAUCCUAUCAAGGGCCCUGGUGUCUACCACGCCUCACUUCAAAGCCACCAGCCCCGGUUGAGUCAAAGCAGAUAGCCACGCAACCGGAAGAAACAGCAGCGCCGCCCAAGAGCACAUCAACACCCACAGAACCAAAUCCCCCUCCCAAAGCAACCGAAGAUCACACAGUAUGGGUCACCAACUCCCCCCGCUUCACCACCCUCCUCCUCAACGACAUUUUCCCCUACAACUGGGGUAUUGAGCUAGUGGCAGAAUGGACCUGGGUCAAAGUCACGUCUCGUGGGGAGCCGAUUGUCAGUCUGGGGAGUCAAUGGCGGAAGCCUUAUGAGCGGUUGUUGAUUGCGAGGAAAAAAGGGGCUUGUGCAGGGGCUGGUGGUGUGAAGAAUAAGGUUAUUGUCUCUGUGCCCGAUAUUCACUCUCGCAAGCCGAAUUUAAAGAGGGUGUUUGAGGAGGUGUUACCUAGGGGGUAUACAGCGUUGGAGAUGUUUGCACGGAACUUGACGGCGGGUUGGUGGGGGUGGAUGGAUGAGGUAAUGAAGUUUCAGGGGGGAGAGUAUUGGGCUCAGGAAGAAGUGGUAGAAGGAGAAGAGGUUGUUGGGCACGGAGGGUGA